UAUAAAUGUCGUUGUUUGUUACUUGGCGCCUUAUCCCUCGAGACGAUACGCGCAACAAGUAGGCCUAUAGAGAUGAAGACAACGGUGAAGACUGGAUGCCUUAUCGUCUUUCUAACGAGAUUACUGGUCGGUUUAACCCAAUCCUGUCCCUGUUCUAACGCACGGUGUUGGCCUGUUCGGAGCGUGUCACCAGGAGGAUUUACCGCCGAGUUGGAUCACUUUUUAACAGGCCACACGUUGUGGGAGUCCGCGCAGUUGUCGGCUCCUUGGUGUUCUGUCCUGUGCCACACGGAACCCCAAUGCCGAUCAUUCAGCUUCUUGCAUCGGGAGAAGCAGUGCGCCCUACACUCUGUGACGAAGGAAGAUUUUCCUCAGGAUUGGAGUGCUCUUACCGGAGCUACACAUUACAGUUAUAAUCCACAGGCCCAGAUCAAAUGCAUACAAGCCAAUUCGACAACUCACCUACUCAAGGAAACUGCCAUCAUAGCAAUUACGCCCCGUACUGUUGACCUGCAAGUCUGUCAGACCCAUGACUUGGAAGAGGACGACAGUGUGUCGCUGAGUGAGGUGUUCCCGCUGGAUUCGGUUUGGUUUGACUUCUCAGUCAAGACGUCAGCCGGAGCUGCUAUACAUCUUUGCCGUGAGAUAGUUGACCAGGAAGAUCUCAAUAUCGUAUACACCAUUGUCAUUGGUUCAAACGCAAACAGCCAGACCGAUCUAAUUGAAGAUUCCCCUGGUACCGUCUUGGUCAGCUCGCCAACUCCGGACAUCCUGGACUCCGCAAUGUAUCGCCAAUUCUGGGUGUCUUACGGGAAGGGUAACGUUAGUUUUGGUCGGGUGACGGGGACGGCCAAUGCAGUGACCCUCCUCCAAUACGACGCCGGUACGACAACACCCGGGAUUAAUCGGUUAAUGUUAUCGUCUCAUCGGUCACGUCACCCUACCACCUGGCGGGUAUUAAAAGAAGUUUGCAGCGCAGGCAAUGAUUCCGAUGGCAAGUAGGCACAGUAAUUAGUUGCCCGGGAGCAAGCCUGAAUCACGUACUUGUUUUGUUUAAUCGAAGGAGACGCCAUGAAUGCGGUGACACCAUAGAGUUAUAAUGCACUGCACUCGCACGCACAUUCUUCAGCUUGACGCGCGCGUGCGUUAGGCAAAUCACGGCACCCUAUUGGUUGGGAUGCCAUUUAACGCGCACGUGCCACCUGUCCACGAACAUUGUACCAACGUCCGGUUGCCGAAUUGCACUAUACGCUCUCUCUCCUUUAGCCCCUUGCACGUCUUUUGGUCCGUUCUCUAUCCACAUCGUUUGCCGUGUUUCACUCCUGGCGCUUCCAAAACGUGUCUUGGCGCCUUUCGUCUAUUUUUUCUGUAUGUUAAUUCUCCUUAGCCUUUUUUCGAGACGGUGUCACGUCUCAACAUGAAACUUGGCACGAACCCUGAUCUCUUUUGUAGUCAGGAUCGCUUGAUCAAGACUGAUUUCUAUUUAAACUUUGUGUUAUUUGUUUAGGAAUGUAUUGGCAACAAUUGUGGCAAACAACAAGACCUCCACUCGUCACUAGCUUGAAAUUCGAGCAAAAGGAUAUGUCUUUACGACGAUUUCUUUAAAAUGUCAGUGAAAAAAAAGUGAGCAGUGAAAGAAAAAUAGCGAACUAUAGAGAUAGAUAAAAACCUUGACGUGUGACAAGUUAACUUAAAUUAUUACUUUUUCUUAUUCAAAGCUGAACUAAUGGGAGCGUUUUUUUCACGAAUCAAGAAUAUCCAUUUACACGUUGUUUUAAUUGAGAAGCUAAAAUAAUAGAAACAAUAUCAAAAUCAUUCUAUUGUCAAAGUCAUCAUCUUCACAAAGAGAGUCGGCUGGGGAUAUGAUUUGACUCCCCGGGAAAACCUUUCAAGCACCGACCCUAGGCUGAUAGCGUAUUUUCCCGACGUUUUCAGUUUCAGCAAUUAAGUACUGAUAAUGUUUCCACGACAGCACGGUCAAUUUGGAGAGUGGACGGAGGUACUUCAACUUCCCCUUUCUGUAUUGAUCUAUUCAUUAAAGUCCCCGCAGAUGAAGUAGACAAAAGCAGCGCUGUUUGAGGGGAAAAACUCCUCCAAUAUUGGCAUCGUUGAUUUGAUACUAAUGAUCACCCUGAGCUUUUUAUAAUCAUUAAAUAGAUUAUAAACA